UGUUGAAACUAUUUCAGCUGACUUGACAGCCAAGGAUCACACCCACAUUGAAAGUGAUGAGUGCCAAGUCUUUAAAUAACUUAUGAUUCUUUAUAUUGUACAUACCCUUGUAUCCUAUCAAUAACUAAAUUUAUAGUGAAGUGACAAUUAUCUAAUCAUUAUAUAUAUGCCUAAGCAAUAAUACUUUUAGGUCAUGAAAGGACGAUAUGUACCGGUAUCUUAAUCUAAUUAUUGUGAAAAUACGAUAAAUAUUAUACAGGUGUUUAUUAAUGAAUAAAAGGGCUUUUAAGCUUAAAUAAAAUUUAAAAUUUCGCAAAGAGGAGGAUGAACUUUUUUGCAGUGAAAAAGCGAUUUAUUUUGAAACACCGCUCUUUACAAAAAUAGUAGUCUUUUCGUAUGUGAUGCUUAUGAAGAGCCCUAUUCGGAGGAAUGGGUUCUAAUAUCCAAUGGUCAAUUACUUCUGAUGAAAAGAAAGGAUAUGAUAAACAGUUUGAUCAAUUAAAACCGAUGGGUGGAUUUGUUCGGGGUGACCAAGCGAGAGGAUUGUUUUUAAAAUCCAGCCUAUCUCCCACUGUUCUUGGGAAAAUAUGGGAUUUGGCGGACAUGACUGGAGAUGGUAAGAUGGAUAAACAAGAAUUUGCAAUAGCUAUGAAAUUGAUAAAACUCAAGUUGCAAGGUGCAACAAUGCCAAGCAAAUUACCACCUUCCAUGAAACAACUGCCUUCUACAUUUGAUAUCUCAAGUUUUGCUCAAACUUCUCUCACAUCUUAUUCAUCUACGACGUCGGUGUUUGGUAAUAGUAGCAACAUAUCUGCGUCAUCUACAGGAUCUAGUCUGCCUUCCUCCAGUAUGACUAUGAAACCUAUGAUGACGAAUGGAACAGGUGGAAUGGGGGGUUUCAUGAUGCCAGGUAUGAGUGGAACUCUUCCGCCAAAUAUGGGAAGCAAUAAAAUGGUAAUGACUCAAAUGGCACCAACUAUGCCAAUGGUGGCACCAAGGAUGCCUGGCAUGGGAACAAUGCCGCUAAUGGGGCCGGUGCCAACACCUUCUGUUCCUACUGUAUCUGCUGCUUCCAACACAUUACCAGCAGCAAGUUCAUCAAGUCCUGGAUCAGAUUGGGCAGUUCCAAAACAAAGUAAAUUGAAAUAUAAUCAACAAUUCAAUUUGAAUGAUAGUAAUAAGACAGGAUUUUUGUCAGGCAUGCAAGCAAGAUUUAUAUUAACACAAACUGGAUUACCACAACCAAUCCUCGCACAAAUAUGGAAUCUUAGUGAUAUUGAUAAAGAUGGUAAACUAACACAAGAAGAAUUUGUACUAGCGAUGCAUUUGACUGAUCAAGCCAAAUCAGGUGCAAUUCUACCUAACUUACUCCCUCCGAAUCUUAUGCCUCCUUCAUACCGUCGAGCCACAGGAAUGUCUGCUACCAACAUUGCACCUGCUCUGAUGGGUGAUUUAACAAACCUAUUGGAUCCAGAUAAGUCAUCUAAUAAAGGAACAGAAUCGAGUAUGUUUACUACUUUCGAAGAUAAAAGGCGUGAUAAUUUCAAUAAAGGAAAUGUAGAACUGGAAAGAAGGCGACAAGCUCUUGAGGAAAGUCAAAGAAAGGAAAGGGAAAGACUGGAAAGGAAGGAAAGAGAAGAAAGAGAAAGACGAGAAAAAGAAAGGCAAGAACAAGAGAGAAGGCGUUUGGCUCAGUUACAAAGACAAUUGGAGAGACAACAAGCUGCUGAAAGAGAGAGAGAAGAAGCAAGAAAGAAGGCAAUUGAACAGAGAGAGGCUGCUCAAAGAGAAAUGGAAAGACAAAGACAAUUGGAAUGGGAAAGAAUAAGAAGAAAAGAAUUACUUCAACAAAAGUUACGAGAACAAGAGACGGUCACUGGGCUUCAUGCAAAAACAAAAGAGUUGGAUGUAGAGAUUGCUGCUUUGAGAGAGAAGAAAGAACAACUUGGAGUCAGAGUAUCUGAUGUUGAAGCGAGAGAGAGGGAUCAAAAAAUGGCGAUCGAUGCCAUGAAUAGAAGUAGAGACUUGAAAUUAUCUGCAGUUGCAAAGAGACAGGAGGAACUGAAGGGCCUAAAUAACAUGCUGAAUGCGGUCGUUCCUGAAAAGCAAAACGUUUUUGAAAAAAUGAGCAAUUUAAAAGAAAAUCAGAGUUCAGAAACGUACUCUUCAAUCAAGUCAAAUUGUAAUGCCAGAAAUGAAUCGAUGUCUGAUUUAAGGUCAUUAGUUGACAAAAACAGAAGAGAAGCUGCUGCCAAACUUAUACAGCUGGAAAAGCUCAAUACAGAAUUGAAUCAUUUGCGAGAAGAAUUAAACAAGCAUCGUCUUGGUGUCGAGGCGAUGAAUCGUGUACAGCAAGAUAAAGUUCGAGAUUUGCAAGAAGCAAGACGAGCAAAAGAAGCUUCAUUGAUUCGAAAAAAUUCGAUGGAAAAAAUCAAAAGACAACAGCAGAAGAAUGCGGCAGAAAGCUUUAUGAAGAUGAGAGAAUUAAAAGAAGCACCGUGGGAUACUCCUCAGAAUAAAUCCAAAGAAAGUGAAAUUCAUUCUGUGCAUUCAAUAGUUAGCAAUCUUGAACAGAAAGAAAAUGAAAACCCUACCAACAAUUUCAGUAAAGUACAAGUGCUUCCUCCUGCUCCUGCCCCUGAUACUAGGAAAAUCGCUGAAGAUGAAAUCAAGAAAGAAGACGUGAAGAGGCGAAUUGCUGAAAUGCAACAAAAACGACUUGAACAAAAGAAAAUGCAAGAACCUGUUUACUCAUCUGUUAAUAAACAACAAAAACAAACAACAUCCGAUGACAAUAUACCCAGUGCAAUACAGUCUACUAUCACAACCAGUGCUGCUAGCAAUAAUAUUAAUACUAAUAAAGGUUCAACAGCAAACUUGCCACGGUUUCAGGUCCUGUAUAAUUUUGAAGCCAGAAAUCAAGAUGAACUGACUAUAAAUGAGGGAGAUAUUGUUCAGGUGGAUGACAAUGAAACCACUGAACCUGGUUGGUAUUCUGGUAUUCUUAAUGGUAAGAAAGGAUGGUUUCCUGUCAAUUAUGUCGAAAAAAUUAUGGACUCUGAAUCCAGUACCCCACCUCCACCAAUCGCGAAAGAACCUGCAAAAGUACCAACACUCAUUCAACCACCACCUCAGUCUGCUAAACCUAACAGGGUGACGACUACACCCGAUACAAUACAAACUGGUGAAACAUCUGCUUUCUCUGUUGCAAGUCGAGUUCAAGACACUUCACCUAUUCCUGGAAAGGGUCAGCCAAUAGCGUCGCUAAAAUGUAAGGCGUUGUAUCCAUGGCAAGCAAAAAAAGACAAUCAUCUCACAUUCGACACAGACGAUAUUAUUGUGGUAUCAGAACAACAAGCAAUGUGGUGGUUCGGGUCCUGCAAUGGAAAUUCUGGAUGGUUUCCCAAAUCAUAUGUCAAAGAAGUUACCGCAUCGAAUGCCACAGAUCAUCAAAAACCAAGAAGUUCCCCAAUGCAAAAACGGAAAGCUCCCGUACCCCCGAAAGCAGCAGCAGUAGCAACAGCAAAAACAACAACUUCAACAGGAAAAGAUUAUGUUGCAAGCUAUACAUUUUCAAGUGCGGAAGACGGCGAUUUAAAUUUUGAAGUUGGUGAUGUGAUCCAUGUUACGCAGAUGGAUGGUGAUUGGUGGACGGGAACAAUUGGUACUCGAUCUGGAAUUUUUCCGGCCAAUUAUGUCACACUGAAAGAGAAAGAGACCAAACCUACACAAAAGUCCUCUACACCGACCGCAACAACUACGCCAUCUACGAGCUCGGGGAAAGAGAUAGCUAUUGUUAUUGCACCAUACACUGCUUCGGCUGCCAAUCAAUUAUCCUUGAAAAUGAAUCAACUCGUUUUAAUAAAGAAGAAGAAUGAUUCUGGAUGGUGGGAAGGCGAACUGCAGGCUCGGGGCAAAAAGAAACAAGUAGGAUGGUUUCCUGCUAAUUAUGUCAAGGUUCGAACUUCAGGACAAACUAAAACUAAGGCUCCUACGUCACAGCCUUCUGUUAAAAAGCCUGAAAUUUUGUGCCAAGUCAUGGCGAUGUAUGAUUACACAGCACAAAACGACGAUGAAAUUACGUUCGCACGAGGUGCUCUCAUCAGCGUAACUGACCGUAGCGAUGCUGAUUGGUGGAAAGGUUUCUUAAAAAAUAAUUCAACCACUGACGGACUUUUUCCAAGAAAUUACGUUCGAGAGUUGGGACCGAAUGAUUCAUCAGGAUCAGCUCGUUGGACUCAAGAACAAAGUGCUAUGUCAUCAGAGGAAAUUAAGAGACAACAACACAUUCAUGAACUUAUUGUUUCAGAAGAAUCAUACUUGAAGGAUUUAGAAAUGGCCAACUCCGGAUUUCAAUCACCAUUAAAAGAAAAGAAACUUCUGACAGAACAAGAACUAAACACUUUGUUUGUCAAUUGGAAUGAAUUAAUAAUGUGCAGUGCUAAAAUUGUCAAAGCGUUUCGUGUUAGAAGGAAAAACAGUGGCGAUGGCGCUCCUGGAGCUGUCGUUUCACUCAUCGGUGAUAUCUUAUGUGAACAACUUCCUCACUUACAGCCGUAUGUUAGAUUUUGCAGUUGUCAAUUGAAUGCUUCAAGCCUCCUACAAGAGAAAAUAGACAACGAUCCUGAAUUUAAAAAGUUUGUCAAGUCUUGUGAGAGUGGAAGUGACUUCAAGGGUUUACCUGUCAGUAGUUACUUAGUCAAACCAAUGCAGAGAAUCACGAAAUAUCCUCUUCUAAUAGAAAAAAUUUUAAAACAUACUCCUGAAGGUCAUGUUGAUCACAAUCACUUGAAACUUGCAUUAGAAAGAGCAGAAGAAAUCUGCUCACAAGUGAAUGAAGGUGUUCGGGAAAAAGAAAAUGCCGACAGAUUGGAAUGGAUUCAAACCCAUGUUCAACUAGAAGGAUUAAAUGAUAAACUUGUCUUCAACUCAGCAACCAAUUGCCUUGGACAGCGUCGAUUUUUGCACUGUGGAACGUUGUAUAAACAUAAAUCUAACAAAGAUUUAGUCGGAUUCCUAUUCAACGAUUUUUUACUUCUUACAACUGCCACCAGACCCCUCAAUAUGCCAGUCAAUGAUUUUAUAUUCAGUUCCAAAAAUAAUCUUCAAUUCCGUCUGUAUAAACAGCCAAUAUUUUUAAAUGAGGUUCUCAUUCGACUUCCGACCGAUCCUAGUCCAGCGGGAGGGAGCAGUACGAAUGAUGAAGAAUUAGCGGUCUUUCAUUUGUCCCAUGUCGAUAGAGUUUAUGCUCUUCGUGCUGAGAAUGUCAAUGAACGAACCGCUUGGACAAACAAAAUUAAAAAUGCUUCACAACUUUAUAUCGACACUGAGAAAAAGAAACGAGAGAAAGCUUAUCAUGCUCGAUCACAAAGGACUGCCGGCAUUGGAAGACUAAUGGUUAAUAUUGUUGAAGGUUGCAAUCUUGUUAAAAACACCAAUGGGAGAAAUGAUCCAUAUUGUGAAGUAACAAUGGGAGUGCAAAGUCAUUUGACAAAAACAAUUCAGGAUACACAAAAUCCAAAAUGGGGGACAAGUAUGCAGUUUUUUGUCAAGGAUAUCAAAGAAGAUGUUUUGUGCAUUUCUGUUUUCCAGAAAGACAUGUUCUCUCCUGAUGAUUUUCUUGGACGAACUGAAAUCAAAGUGUCGGAUAUCAAACGAGACACUGCAGAAAGCAAAGGACCUCUAACCAAACGAUUACUUCUUCAUGAAGUUGAAUCCGGAGAGGUCGUCGUCAAAGUGGAUUUGCAACUUUUUGAGCAAGACACAAAGUAACAAUGUCUUAUCGAAAUAAAAAUAAUAUUUGUAUGUUGGAAUACCCUCAAGAUUCAAUAGGAUUAAUAAAUGAGUAUGUCAUCAACUCAUAGUGCUUAAAAAGAACAAGUUAAAAAAAAAAACAAUGAUUUUAAUCUUGGUGCAACCCUAGAUGCCACUUUUCAAAAUUUGCAUGUGAGAUCGGGGCGUCUAAAAACAGAAUCCAUAAAUUUCCUAAUUAUACAAAACGUGUGAACCCCUAUUUGUGUAUGAUUGUACAUAAAAGUUUAACCUCUGUUUGGUUAUGACUAUACCCAAAAGUUUCGAUAAUCUGGAACGCUAGGACACAAAAGUUCUCUCUAUAAUAUGUUCCAAAUAACUUGGGUUUAUUUGGGUCACCCUGUAGGGUCUAUAAAUUACUAACAGUGAAUUCAUGAAAUCUCUAUUUAUGACAGAAAACCUAUUUUGUACAAUAAAUAAAUAUGAACCGCAUUUAUUAUUCUGUUGUCAAAAUUUAAUAUAUUCAAAUCCGUAAAUAAGUCUGUAUAGUCGAAUCACUUAAUUACUAGUUUACUACCAUGUAUCAUCUUUUCCUUCACUUGAAAUAAUUCCACUUUUAUUAUUUUGUUUUUAAAUUCCUAUUUCUCAUUCCAAUUAUGUAUGUCAAAUCUAUUAUUCUUAAUUAUAUUAUUUUUUUCAACAUUGUGUUUUAUUCACUUCACAUAUAAUAUAUUUCCUUGAUGUUAGAAAAUACUAUUAAAAAUCAUGUUUUGUUUCAUAUCAUUCUCAAGUCAUUGAUCUGUAAAUAUUGAAAAUGGUAAAUUUGUUUUCAUAGAACUGGGCAUUGCCUAAAAAUGAUCCGUGUUUUAUAUAUUGUCAAACAGUUCUUUGUACACUGAACAUAAAAAUGCUGUGUUUUCGGCCAUAAUAAAUACAUGGUGGUCGCCAGAAAAGCAGAAAAAUUGAAAGUCAGAUGGUUUAGGUUGAUUUGGAACGAUAUCCCACAAAUUACCGUAUCUAUCAAAACGCUACACAAGCUUGGACUUCUAGAUUAAGACAUUGUUCUGAAGUGCACGAACGACAUUUUGAGCAGCUAUGAGUGGUAAUAUAACAUAUGCCUCUAAAAAAGUUUAUUUUCGUAAAAAUAAACAGCUGUUUGACAAUUUUCUCUUUUUCUAUCGACCACCCUGUGUAUCUAAAUAUUGUAUUCUGUUUUAGACAGUGUCGAUUUAUUUUUUUUCUU